AUGACCAAGGAUAGAUUAGCGGCCCUCGUCGCGACCCAGUCGGACGACGACGAUGUGACGGACGAUGUGUCCGUCAACGUCGGGGCGGAUGACUUCAUGACGGAAUUUUUCGCGGAGGUGGAGGAGAUCCGCGAAAUGAUAGAUAGGAUCCAGACGAAUGUGGAAGAUGUGAAGAAAAAGCACAGCGCCAUCCUCUCCGCGCCGCAGACCGAUGAGAAGGUGAAACUGGAACUGGAAGACCUGAUGUCUGACAUCAAGAAAACCGCUAACAAAGUGAGGGCUAAAUUAAAGGUGAUAGAGCAGAACAUCGAGCAGGAGGAGCACACGAACAAAUCGUCAGCGGAUCUGAGGAUACGCAAAACCCAGCACUCGACGUUGUCCAGGAAGUUCGUUGAGGUGAUGACGGAGUACAAUCGGACACAGACCGAUUACAGGGAGCGGUGUAAGGGGAGAAUACAACGACAGCUCGAGAUCACGGGGAGAACGACCACCAACGAGGAACUCGAGGAGAUGCUGGAGCAAGGAAAUCCAGCCGUCUUCACGCAAGGGAUCAUCAUGGAAACGCAACAAGCAAAACAGACUCUUGCGGACAUCGAGGCGCGUCACGCUGACAUCAUUAAACUUGAAAACUCCAUCAGGGAGCUGCACGAUAUGUUCAUGGACAUGGCCAUGUUGGUGGAGAGCCAGGGCGAGAUGAUAGAUCGCAUAGAGUACCACGUGGAACAUGCGGUGGACUACGUGCAGACGGCCACGCAGGACACCAAAAAAGCACUCAAGUAUCAAAGCAAAGCCCGACGGAAGAAGAUUAUGAUCAUGAUUUGCCUCGCCAUAUUGGGCGUUGUCGUCGCCACCACCAUCGGUGGAUACUUCGGACUGUGAACGCCAAAACCAGAAAAGUCCAAAGACAUCAGCAGCAUCGUGUACCUAAUUCCGAACCGCCGGCAGCGCCAGCAUUCACUCAUAUCACUUCGAUACGUGAAGCUGAUCGCCAUCGGACGAAAGGAGAUCGUCAUUGUCGAAGGCGUCAUCAUCGGCGCACUUCUAUCGUAACACCCAUCAUCGCUAGAGCUAGAGCCUUCAGUCUAUUACACGCGUUCUCCAGCUCGACACGAAGAAAACCAAAGAGAUAAAGGAACAUCGGUGUCGCCGUCGACGUCAUCAUCAUCGCCAUCCUCAUCAUUGUUCGUCAUCAUCGUCAUCGUUGCGUUUGCGUCAUCUUCGUCUUAAAAGUCUCCUCUGAUAGCUAGUGCGCUAGUCGCGUUUGGUCGAAAAGAAAAAUACGAAGAGAGGAGAGAGAGAGGAAGAAACAAUUAUCCCUCGUUUUUCUAUUCAAAUAUUAAUUCGACAAAUUUCCCGACAAAUUUCCGCCUUUAGCAGUCAGUCCCCAGGUCGGUACUCUCCCCUGCCCUUUGCUCGCCCCGCUCGUCACGACGAAGCUCAAGAGCCUAAGCUCUUUUUGUGCGUGCGUCCUCAUCGGUCUUCUUCCCUCCCCUUCCCGCAUCCCCCCCUGUCCAUUCUCCUCUCACGGAUUACGCGGCAAAGAUAAUAGACGACGGGAGGCCUUGCGAAUGGAACGGGCCGAGAAAACGCUCUCGUCCCUCUAGAACGUGACUAGAGCUAUCGAUCGGAGAUACGUACGCACCGUCGGUCAAGCGACAGAUCCCCGAUCGACGCUCUGACACAACGUCGUGCUAUCGUCGACAGGACGACCAUUGACACGAGGACACUGCCGGUGUUUCCUUCCCCUUUCCCUUCCCUCUCCCUUCGCCUUUGCCCUAUUCUUCUUCGCGCGCGCACGAAUGUCCCCGUCGAAUGUGACGAGGCGUCAUUAUAACUAUAACACGCGUCGCGCAUCGUCGCCGAAAACGGCGGUUCGCGCGAUGCGACCUUCCGAAAGUCACCACCUUCGUGGUGUCCGCCUCGUCGCGACCCGAGCCCGACACCCAAUGGUGCUUCCAAACGCGAAGACGAUGAACGGCUCGCGGCUACUUUCCUCUUCGUCGCAAGGCUAAUGCACGCAUGUAUGUACGCACGAUGCCGUGCUACCGAAGAGCUUCUACGUUCUUUGACUGUGAUCUGCAUAUCGAAAAUAGUCGGACGAGUCACAUUCUGAAAACGCGUUCUCCACUCGUUGAUACGACCUGUGUCUGCUUAUAUACGCGAGAGAUAAACUGCUGAACUAAAAAUUUGUACGCCAAAUUUGCAUUGUCCAGAGAUAGCUCGUAACUCCCGCUAAUAAAUCCUCUCACGGCGGUACGUUACUAGAUAAAUAGCGCUAAUUGGUAUUUAGUAAUUAUUCACGUUGUGAUAUUCUUCAGAUGAUUUCUAGCGAUUUCUACGGUACACUUUGCGCGAAGACUGUUCCGAGCCUCGAACGAGGUUUCGCGAACUUUUCUUCGCCGACGAUCUCGAAGAGUCAAAGUAUUUAGCGGCUAAAUCGUGUUUACCGAAAAAUUCGGCGGAUAUUACUUAAGCGGAGAAGUUAAUGGCGAUCAAGGGCCAGUUUCACCAACGUCGAUUAACUGUAACCUUCGAUUAAACUCACUCUUCAUCUCUUUCCAACUGUUCCCCUUAUAAAGAGACGAAGAGUGAGUUUAAUCGAAGGUUACAGUUAAUCGAUGUUGGUGAAACUGGCCCUAAGUGAUACUCGCAAAGUUCUACUACCUCGACCAGCGGUUUAACCCUCGGCUAUACAUAUCACGCCGGCUCUGAGUAACGUUUUCGACAUCUCUACACUACACCUCCUUGUAUCCGGACGAUCACGAAGAAUCAGUUAGGUGAUGUUUUUUCUUCGCGGAUAACGGCGUGUCAAGUACGAAUCGUGAGGUCAAACUUGAGGAGAAGCGUAUAACUUGGGGUAGAUUGUGCACCAGCGUCGACUAACCACGGUUCGUCAAGUCCCCUUUUCACGCACGUAAAAAAAAAAACAGCAAGGCAUUUAAUACAGUUAGUGUACAGUUAGAUCAGAGAACCUAGCUUUACCCAUUAAGCGCUUUUCUAUCCUUUUAAAUCUUUGGGUCCUAAUCAAAAUUUUUAGUCGCAAUUGGUAUUUAGGAGUUACCGGCGGCGACCAUGGGAUGGGAUAUUUGGGAAAAAAAGAGAAACAAUAGUUGAAAGUAGAGAUAAAAAAUGUAAUCUCUGCUCUUUUACUGACAAAUAUUCAAUUAAUAAAUGAUUUUAUCUAUUUUUUGAGUAGAAUUUUUGUUAUGGAUUUGUUAUGAAAUCAUUUAUUGGUUGAAUAUUUGUCAAGAAAAAGGCAGAGCUUACUUACUUUUUCACUUCCACUGUCAAUCAUUAUCAUUUCUUUCAGAUAUCCCACCCCGUUGCAUUGCCGAUAAGAUUUUCAAAAGAGCAACUCUUUUUACCCCUAAAUGCCAAUUAUGGUUUAAAAAUUUUAAUUAGUAUUCGAAUUAUAAGAUAUUAAAACAGAAAAUCGCGUAAGAGUUUCCCAAGACUUAAUGGAUUAAUUAAGCAUUCCUCCUUACACUUCGUAUUACUCGCAACCAAAUACUGUUGGCACAAUCAACCCUCGGAGUACUCGUUUAACUUAACGGUGAUAAGGGCAAUGACGUGAGCAAUGUGAUUUUUAUAACGGGUAUUUUAAUGAGUGAAAGGUGUUUGCGCACUCUCACUGUGUCUCGUUUGUUCAAACGAUAUAGCUCACUCGAGAUGUUUCGGCCAAUAGGUGUUCACUGAGAGAAACAAUCAAUUCUUCCAAUAUUUCUAUUAUAUUUAGCUGUAAUUAGCGCGAUUAUCAAUCGCGAUAUAGCGAGGUGUAGACGAAGCGAUCCUGUCUUUCUGUAGGCGUUCUGUACGCGAUGUUUCAGAAUGUGACCGGCAGAAGAGACGACGAAUGUUCAGACACGUCACAGACGUUAGCAUAGACUCAACCUACUGAACACGGUGUCUCAAAUCGAGACAUAAGAUGUCUCAGAGACAUCAUAUCAUAAGACGUCUUGAAGAUGUCUUAAUGACGUCUUUUAUAACAAUAUUUAAUUCGUCUACACGACGGUUUUUUUUCCAAGACAUCAUAUGUCCCGAUUUGGGACACGAGGAGUCAGGAAAUUGUGCGAUAUACGCGAAAUACGUAAAAAAAUCCGUUUUCUCUUCUAGACGGUUAAUUUGGCCGAUGAUUUUUUUUCUCACCGAGUCGACGGGUUUGCGGUCUUCGAUUUCGUGUUGCACGGUACGCACCAUUAGGUGUUGGGUACGACGACUAUCAAUCGUCAAUCGCGAUUCUCGCUUUGGACGAUGGUCGUCGUUUCGCGUCUUCUGUAAUCUCGGCGGACCCUCGACAAAAGUAAUCCCCUGCGUUACCUUUCCCCCUGCGCACUAUCGCUCGACAAGUGUAACUUCCUUGUAUCUCGCUAGUCUUGAAAAUACGCCGCACGUAUUUGUCCAUUGCGCUCGAACGAUCGAAUUUGAUUUUGAGUUGUAUCUGCAAUUGGUAGAAAUUGGUAGUCUCGCACGUUACUCUUAUUUUUCUUUGCAGUUUAGCGCGUGGAUCCUGAAGCCGUUGACGCGCCCCCCUAAAUAACGCGGGCCGUCUUUCGUCGUUUUUUCGAGAUUACCGCGGAGCGCGUGCAUGUGAAACGAUUGCACCACAACUCAAAUUAUAAAAUUUUUCUGUGCACGAUAUUUUCUCAAAUUCCUCUUAUUAAAUUACACGUGGGUUCUUGAAGUCGCGACCACAUGAAAAAGGUGUAUCAUCUUUGAAACGAUUAACCCCAACAGCGGACGAAGUAACGGAGGGCAUGAUGAGUGAGCGGGAAGCAAGAGGCAUUGCGUGAGAAUGAGAGAACGUGCGAGUGCGUGUACGUGUGUGUGCGCAUACGUGAGAAGCAGAGAGAAGGAGCCAUAAGCUGCAGCAAUAAUAUAAUUAUAGGUGUUAUGGAAAACAAAAAAUUAAGGAAUAAUUCCAUCGGCGGAAUGAGAAAGAAUGAGCGAUUACUGUAUGACACGGAUAUGUAUACAUAUACAUAUUUAAAAAAACAUAUAUAUAUAUAUAUAUAAAUAGAUAGAUAGAUAGGUAGAUAGAGAGAAGUGUCACGAGGAGAAAGAAAAUUACUAUUAAUAUUGACAAUUAUAUAUUAUUAUUGGCAGCGCCUAUAUAUUGCUCCUCGACAGAUUUAAUGUAUCAGGCGGAGUGCUGACGACGUUAAUGUUAAUGUUUUGUUGAGUAUAUUAUAAUUAUUACGAACGUUGAGGUGCAUACAUUCUACAGAGAAGAUUAUGGGUUAAUGUUUAAACGGAAGGAGGAGAAAGAGAGAGAGAGAAAGAAAGGAAAAUGAUAUAACGGUGAAUACAAUUACGAUUUUGUGCACCGCGCGUUUAAGUGCGCGUUGCUGUAAUAAUUAACAUUAAAUAAUAAUAAUAACGAUGAUUAAGAAGAUAUUAAGAUCACACCUUGCAUUGUACAGAAAGCAUAAUAAUUGUUAGUUUAGGUAGAACAAACAUUACGAUCUACUAUCUAAUUAUAAUCCAAUACGAUUAAGAUGAUCUAAGAUUUAAUCGCGUAAUCCCUCUGUCACGAGUUACUGCGGUCGUUGAUAGGUAUACCGCUCUCUGAUAUUUAUUAUCUGGCUGAUAAAUGGAUUUCGUUCGAGGAGAGGAUGCUUUGUUCGUGCCGUCGAGAAGCUUCGCGUUACUUAAAAGAGAAGGAGGAGAGAUCCUUUCGGUCACCGAAGAAGGUAAAGAGAAAUAAAGGAGUCACGCGGGCGCGAAAGCCUCCUUCUCUUUUUAAACUAUACGUUUUCAUCUUUCGGCCCCAUAUUCGUAUGUUCUAAUCUCCCCGUGCUCCAUCGAGUCGCCUAACUGAACGUGUCGCGUGACGCCCCGUAAGGCGAAUGCAAACGUUUUUUUCUUCUUCUCAUUGUUUAAAUCCACAUCGAUCUUUCGUGCAGUCUUGUUCACGUGCGAUCGCCUUAUUUCUCGGAUCAAUUGGAUUUCCGUAACGGAUCGUCGUGACGAGUCUGUCCGGACCAUUCGAUGUAUCCGCGCUCUCGCAGAAAUCCACAGCCUCAGAUCUCGUAAUUUUAGCUUUAUAGCGAACUCCUCGUGGUAGGAAUUUUGAGAGAGAGAGAAAACACCUAUCGUCGUCAAUUUCUUAUUGCUAGAUAAAGAGAGCGCGCGCGCGCGCGAGAGAGAGAGAGAGAGAGAGAGAGAAAGAGAGUGAGAUUCUAUAAGAAUAACAUUAUCGGCGCACGACAGUUAACUGUACGUUAAACGAAUCUGGCCUAAAGAUUUAAGAUAUGUCGCAUUUCCUCGUUACUAUCAAUUGAUCGAUCAUCCCGACGUUCAUCCUCGUCUCAUCCAGGACCGUCCCAGUCCCCCGGGACUAAGGAAUCGGCCGUACGGAUGUUUAUAAUUAAUCUCGUUGUCCUUAAUCUGUACGAUUUUUAUCGCUUUCGAUUUUGCUCGUUUCAACGCUCGAAAUCCUUUUCACGUUCGCGAUUUCGUCAUAUCACUAUCGUCAGUUAAGACGCAAGAAAGCAUUUCCUUGUUUUUUUUUGUUUUUUUUUAAUCUGACGACUUAAAGAGCAGCGAACUGGAGCAACGCGUUCAGAGUCGGCUCUCUGUCGCUAAUUAGGAUCGCGGAAUCGGUGAACGUUGUUUCCUCGCGAGCGUCUCGUUAGGUAGCUAAUUGCGGAAGCUGGCACGUCUUCCUUGAGAAGCUUCAUUCUUUUUUGUCCCGAGCGCGCAUGCAGAACAUUGCCCCGCGGUUUAAAGCGCAGCAAAACGUGUCGAGAGGGAUGAACUAUGAAGAAACAUAACAAAACGACAAACCUAGUGACACAAUUUCCGUGUUCUCGAAUUAUAUUUAUUCAUCGCGAUUAUAGCCGGAGUUACGUACUGCGGGAGUUCGAAUAGAAAGAGAGUGAGAGAGAGAGAAAGGAGGAACAUCGGUUUAAUCAUUAUAAAUACGCUAUUUCAUUGCAUUUGUACGUAGAAUAGGAUAGAAAAGAAAGAUUGUGCGGCGGAUUGAUCUACGUAGAGAUCUUCGGACGCGCGAUCCAUGACAUUUCCGGACAUAAAAACAAACACGCGGAAGAGAAAGAAGAGAGAGGAAAAGAAGAAUAAUGAACGCAGGCGGAGGGAUCCUCUGGUGUCCGUGAACAUGUGGGUCGAUGUCAUGUCGGUGCAAUUAUUAAAUACGAGAGGCUACUUCAAUAAUCUUAUGAGUGUCAAUUCCAAUUUCAAGUGUAAAUUGUAAUUUCGUGAGAGUCCUAAGAGAAAAGAACGAAAAAAAGGAGGGGAGAAGAGAGAGAUGAUGCGGCGUCAAACGACAGAAGAGAAGAAUCUUAAACGGUUUAAAAUAAAAAAAUAUAAGAGUCGCACGCGCGUAUCACGGCGUGGCAAAGUGAGAUUAUUAAUAAACUUAAUUUAUCGAAACCGAUAAGAAAUAUUAGGAGCGAAAGGGAGCGUGUUUGUGUGUAAGAGAGAAAGAAACGAAAUGUGUGCGCGAGAGAGAACGAAUGAGAAAGAGCGAGAGAAGAAAGAGAAAAUGUUAAAUUAAAAAAAUAAAAAACUAAAAAAAGACAAACUAAAUCGUAGCACGUGCAGGAGUAACAGAGAUAAUGGAUACUUUUUAUUGUAGGUAUUUCAUAUAGAUGAGAUUCGUAAAAGUAAUAAAAAGGAGCAUACUGUAUUAAACAGGAAUACUUACCGAAAGAGGAACUCUAAGGUCAACGGUGUUUUUUCUGCCUAUACGUAUAUCCGACAUCUCGCGAGCGCGCUGUGUAAUUUCUCUCCGCGUAUAAGAAACUUAAAUGCUGAAACGAAAAAGCCGCAAAAAGGGCAUAAAAAAAAGAAAUCAACAGCAGACGCGUCAAUAUAAAAAUCUGGCAUUUUACGUUCUUAUCUCUGACUAUAAAUGAUAACUGUUUACUAUUACUAUUAUUAUCACCGGUCAUCAUCGUCAUCAUUGACACUGUACAAAGUCGGCAAUAAUUUUAAGAAACCCGCCCCUGAGACUCGUCUUAUGUAACCGUUCGGGGACGAGCGAGGUAAAAGUACAUCUCGCCUCGUCGGCUCCGAGGGAGCCUUCACUUCCGAUUUCACACAGGAGGAACCACUGAAUCUUACAAGUUGGAGAGAGAGAGAGAGUGAGGCCAACAUUCAGACAAUGAAACUAUCCAAGAAAUAUCCGAGAGAGACUAGAAACGUUUGAUCCGCGAGUGAUAAUCGUCUGUUUUACAUAGUGAUUACACAAUUACCGCGAAAAUGGAAAAUGGAAAUACAACUUGGAAAAAUUAAAGAAAAUAACAAUUAGAACGAAUUAAAGAAACACAGUAAAAACAAAAUUUUUAAAUGCUAAUUAAGGAGAGAAUUGUGUAAAUUGAAACUUUAAUUAAAAGUUUCCUGAGAAAUAUAUUAAGCUGCAAAAAGAAAGUAGUUUAUGUUUCAAACUUUAUGUAAUCAAUUAAUCAAAAUUGCAAUUAGUUUCGUUACGUACGAAGUUACCAAUUAUUGAUCCUCGCAUAUAACUUUUUGAUUCCACUGAACAACGAUACAAAUUAUCGCGGUUUAUCUUAUAAAUAAUAUUUACCUUAAUUUUCAAUAUUUGAUAAUUUGAUAGAAUAUGUAAAUGAGUAUAUAUUUUCACUAAUAUCAUAUAUUUAUUGCAUUUUCUAUUUAUUUAAAGUAAAUAUUUUUUCUUAAUACGAUCACUCGCAAAUCAAAUGUGUAUGACAUUCUCAAUCUGCAAACAACGUUGGUUGAUUUCGAUCGUAUCUCAAGCAAUUAUCUGUCUGUUUCUAGCAUUAGUUCUAAGAAAAGGCAAUAAUCGAUUAGAUAUUACAUCUACAAUCAACCGAUAUUGGCGAAAACAAGCAACAAGCAAGAUAUUUCUCGGACUUUUAUUGUUCGGAUGUAAUGACGCGAUUAAUUCUGCAAUAGAGAUAUAAUACGAUGAUCAAGUGAAUGUGCCCUUUCGUCGUGUAAUCAAGCACAAAGAAAAAAAUCCCUUUUACGAGCGUACGUAGCAGUAGGCCUCUAGUCGAGUGCGUCCGGCAAAGAAAUCUAGCUGCCUUCGAGAACAUCGCUGCAAAACUGUAAUCUCGUCUCGCUGGCCGCACCGAAAAAAAAUGCUUUUGGCUUUUGCAGUACAAUUUUCGCUAUAUGGAAAUCGAUACUAUUAUCGUUAGAGCUCUCAUCAUUUCGGAAUCUGUGUAUAUCACUCUCUGGCAACUGCCAGACGCGGCUGGCGAAAAAAAAUUUAUCGCGAAAUCCAGUGUGUCGAAUGCAGUUAGAAAUCACCGGAUUGCGCCACGAAAAGUAAAAAGAUAUAAAAUAAAAACGCGUUUAUUCUCUCGACCAACGAGACUCGAAGCAGCGGCUCGUGUCAGGAAGGGCAUCAGCUUUCGGCCUCGAGAUCGCGGCUUUAUAAUAUCAUCGCGGUGGCACGCGAGCUCGGAAGAUACCUAAGAGAUAUCUGAACGACAUCUAAAAACUUUGACUGCCUAAAGAAAAAAAGUACGGCAAGUCUGAAGAAUUGGGACAUUAAAAAAAGAGACAUCUGAAAGAUUGAAAUAUUCAAGUUUAAACGUCUAAAAAAAUUACGAUGUAGGAUAUAUCUAAAAGAUUGGAAAAUCAGAUAGUCUGAAUUAUUUAGGCCAUUCCGAAUACGAGGACAUCAUCUGAAAAAUUACGGUAUCUCGUGUCAAGUACUUUUCUAGACCAUUUAGGCUGUCUGGUACGAUCGAUUCCUCCUGAGAAAAAAUAAGUCCCAAUUCGGCAAGACGCGAUCUCCGCUCCUUCCGGCGCGAAUCGCCAGUUUCCGCUCGUGCCGCACUCAAGAAACAUCAACGAUGUAAGAAUAACGACUCUCGAUACUCACACACUCAUCCACAAAAGCGAAAAAAAAGAAGAAGAAAGAGAGAGGAGGAAAGUCAAGCGUUCACUGUACAAUUAUAUUCUUUUACGUUGUAACGACUCUUACAAUUGAGUAGUCGGGUAGAAUAUUUUGCAUUACCGAUAACAACAGUAGCGUAUCACGAUCGUCUUAACCCCUAAUUUUAUAUAUCAUUGGAGAUAAGUAAUCCGCAAAAAUAAAGAUUAUAACCAGCACUGCAGUGAAGUUACUAUACAUCUGUAGAUAAGCGGUUCGCAAGGAGAAUUCAAAAAACCGACACGAUGUUCAAUGUAUUUAAUGAUCUUCUUCGAAGGGUGAAGAAUAUAUGAAUAUAUGGGGAAUAAAAGAAAAAGAGGGAGCGGUUUGGUUUCUUGGGUUCCUCUCAGCAUCUCCUCCAAUCCUUCUCUGUAAAUGCAAGAUGCCGAUCGUGACCGGCGAAAAUGACGUAGUCAUAAAAAAUGAAUCUUUAUCUGUAUUUAUCUGCAUAUGGAUUUAUUGUAGAUAAUAUUUUGUAAGAUUUACAAGCUAUGUAGGAAACAGGCUCGCUUAUUACUGAAUAGCUUUGAAAUCGCAAAUAAAUAAAAUUUCACGCUGACUAAACGUUACACAUAAUAAAAAAAAAA